AUGCUUUAUCAAGGCAGCAAGCUCGAAAGCGGCGUCCCCGUUGACAUUUCACUCUGGGACUGGAUUUUUGAACAGGCGGACAAUUGCAAAUUCAAUCGAGGUCGAUUUGCUGGUUUUCGGAAUGCCCAAACACGGGAAACUCUGUCGUUCGUGGAUCUGAAAUCACAGGCAACCUUUCUUUCGACUGGAUUUGCCGACAGAUUUGGCGUGGGAUAUGGUAGUCAUGUUGCCAUCUUCUGUAGCAACAAUGUCUUGUAUCCUGUCGUCAACCUUGCCGCAAUUCGGAUUGGCGCUAUUGUUACAGCUGCUUCACCUCACCAGGGAGUCGACGAGAUGGUCGAGAUUUUAAAACUCAGUGAAUCUGAACUGGUGGUUACCGAUGAGGAGGUGUGGGAUAAUGUGUGUCAGGCCGCAGACAAGGUUGGUCUUAGGAGAGACCGAGUGGUGCUGUUAGAGCGCAAGUUGGCAUCUAGGAGCUCAGACAGCAAGACUCCGAUGCGUGACUUGAUCAGCGAGGCAAAGAUCAAGACUGACGGAAGGCAAGCCAAGGCCUGGGACCCAUCCAGGACCCAGAGUAACAAGGAUGUCCCAGCUUAUCUCAGCUUUACUAGUGGCACGACCAGCUCGGCAAAGGGGGUGAUGAUAUCACAUCAUAACGUGAUUGCUCAGAUCAUGCAGAUGCUCUCCUUGAGCGCGCCAGAGUGUCCGAAAGUCUUGUUGGGUGUACUGCCAUUCUACCAUAUUACGGGACUAAUUCAGAUUCUGAAUGUGCCAAUCGUCCUGAAUCAGGACGUUAUUGUCAUGCCAAAGUUCAAUAUGAAGCAAAUGCUUGAUGUGAUCGUCAGGUAUAGGUGCGACGAGCUAUGGCUAGUACCGCCUCUAUUGGUUCGUCUUGUCAAUGAUCCUGUAGCCGCCGGAUACAAUCUGGGAUUUGUGCAACAAUUCAAUACGGGAGCCGCGCCUCUAGCAAAGGAAAUCGUUGACAAACUGGCAAAGAAAUUUCCUCACGUCCGAAUCAGACAGGCAUGGGGCUUGACGGAGAGUUGUUCAGCACUAACACUUACACCACCCGCAGAUCAGACUUAUGAAAACGCGCACACCGUGGGGAAGCCCGUCCCAGAGACCAUUAUCAAGAUCAUUGAUACUGAUAGUGAGAGGGAUAGAGAAAGAUUACUAGGACCGGGUGAGACUGGCGAGGUUCUCGCUAAAGGUCCACAAGUUACUAUGGGAUACUAUAAAAUGCCGCAAGUUACGGCUGAGACCUAUGACAAAGACGGGUUCUUACAUACAGGAGACAUCGGCUUUAUGAACGAAGCUGGUUUUCUAACUAUAACCGACAGACUAAAAGAGAUGAUCAAGGUAAAAGGAGUAGCCAUCGCUCCUGCUGAGCUGGAGGAUCUGCUUCUCGGCCAUCCUCUCGUCGCUGACGCUGCGGUUGUCGGUAUCCCUGACGACUAUGCAGGAGAAGUCCCCAAGGCAUUCAUUGUAUUGGUUGACCUGUCUGCUAAAGGUUCCACGACCAAACAGAUUCUGUACGACUUUGUAAAACGAAAGAGGUCGAAAUCGAAAUGGCUGACAGGAGGGAUUGAAUUUUUGGAUACAAUUCCAAAAAGUGCGAGUGGCAAAAUUCUGCGGAGGGUCUUGAAGGACCAAGAAGGGAACAAGUUUCAACAAAGCAAACGCAGAAGGGCGUCGAAACUUUAG